AUGAAAUCUACCAACAUGUCAUAUCUGAACCCAAAAACAGUGAUCCUGAUUGGGAUCCCUGGACUAGAGCAUGUGCAGUUUUGGAUUGGAUUUCCCUUUUUUGGUGUAUGCCUCAUGUCUCUUCUAGGGAACAUUUUCUUGUUAAUCAUCAUCCCUACAGAACGCAGUCUUCACCAACCCAUGUACAUUUUCCUGGCAGUGCUGGCAGCCACUGACCUAGCUCUCUGUGUAGCCAUUGCUCCAAAGAUGUUGGCCAUCUUCUGGUUUGGCUCUUGUUCCAUGGCUUUUGAUGCUUGCCUUACCCAGCUCUUCUUCAUUCAUGCUUUGCAGGGUAUGGAAUCUGGCAUCCUGUUGGCCAUGGCUUUUGACCGCUAUGUUGCCAUCUGUAAUCCCUUGAGGCACACAUCCAUCCUCACACCUUUCUUUUUAGUUCAGAUGAUACUGAUUGUGGUAAUACGGGCAACGGUGCUUGUCGGGAUUUUACCUAUUCUACUGAAACGACUGCAACUUUUCCAGUCUGUGGUUAUUGUCCAUUCCUAUUGUGAGCACAUGGCUGUUGUCAAGUUGGCCGCAGAAGAUGUCUAUAUUAACAAAUCAUACGGGCUCUUUGUAGCUUUUGCUAUCCUGGGUUUUGACAUGAUCUCUGUCUUCAUCUCCUACAUUCUAAUUUUUCAGGCUGUUUUUCGUCUUUCCCAGAAGGAGGCAAGACUUAAAGCAUUUAGCACUUGUACUGCCCAUAUUGUUGUCUUCCUGGAGUUUUAUAUCCUUGCCUUUUUUUCCUUCCUCAGCCACCGUUUUGGACAAGUGUCACCCUAUGUCCACAUCUUAUUGUCUACCAUCUAUCUCCUUGUGCCCCCUGCCCUUAACCCCAUUGUUUAUGGUGUGAAGACCAAAGAGAUACGAAGGAGGGUUGAACAGAUUUGUAUUCUGAAGCUUGACAACCAGGAGUGA